UCCGGUCGCUCUCCUCAGGCGGGGAUGGCGGCGGAGGACGAGGCGGAGCUGAGCCUGCUGGAGUGCCGGGUGUGCUUCGAGCCGUACGGCCCCGACGGGCAGCGGCGGCCGCUCAACCUGCCCUGCGGGCACGUCCUCUGCCGGGGCUGCGUGGGGGCCCUGGCCGGCGCCGAGCGCCAGAGGCUGGAGUGUCCCUUCUGCCGGCGGCUCUGCGGGCCCGCCGACACCAGCGAGUGCCGCCCGCUGCUGCAGCUGCUGGAGCUCCUGGGCCCCGCCGGCGGCGGCCUCGCCUCGGCCCUGGGCAGGAGCGGCGGCGCGGCGGCGGCGGCGGCCCCCGCGGGGCUCGGGCUGCGGCUGUGCCUGGGGGGCUGGGGGUCGCUGGUGAACCCCACCGGAGUGGCGGCCUGCCCCGGGUCCGGCCGCCUGGCCGUGGCACACGACGGCAAGAAGAGGAUCCACGUCUUCGGGCCGAGCGGGUUCUGCCUGCGGCGGUUCGGGGAGCGGGGGGACGCGAACAACGACAUCAAGUACGCGCUCGAUGUGACGGUCACGUCGGACGGACACGUGGUGGUCACCGACGGCGGGGACUGCUCCGUGAAAGCCUUCGAUUCUGAGGGAAGGGGGGUCCUGGCCGUGCGGGAAGGCUUCUGUUUGCCCUGGGGCUUGGAUGCCGCCGCCAAGAGCGAAGUGAUCCUGACCGACUCGGAGGCUGGCGCGCUGUACCGCUUGGCGGCCGACUUCCAAAGGGGGGAAUUAAAGAAGUGCCAGAUGAUCCGUUCCCGGCUUGUCAGCCCCAGAGCUGUCGCUGUCUGCCAGAGCUCGGGAGCUGUCGUGGUAGUAGAGCACCUGAAAGCCAGAGGUCCGAGCAAGGGCAGCACCCGAGUGACGAUACUCAGUGCGGAGAUGGAUCUCAUCGGCCAGGUGGACAGCUUCGGUCUGAACCUCGUUUUCCCCUCCAGAAUAUACGCUACGGCUGUGGCCUUUGACAGAGAAGGUCGUGUUAUAGUAACAGAUGUUUGUAGCCGGGCUGUCAUAUGCUUAGGGAAACCUGAGGAAUUUCCUAGCUUUAACCCUCUAAUUAGCCACGGGCUUUCUUACCCUGUCGGACUGACUUACACGGCAAACAACUCCCUCGUCGUUUUAGACAGCGGUGAUCAUUCAGUGAAAGUAUAUAGCUCUACCUGAGUGGGCUCAGAUGCUUCCUGCUGCAGGCUCAAGCUGCUUCUGGCCAUAAAGCAUGCGGAGUUCUGGAGUUUGUAGGAGUGGAGGGAGGAGGCGGUUGUGGGGCUCUGAGUGUGAAAUCACCCUCCGACCAACACGCCGUGCUUCCUGCAAAACUUGUGUCACGUCUCUUGCCUACCUGUGGGAGAGGACCUGGCUGUUGCUGCCUGUAGCCAACAAGAAAUCAACCAAACAAAUCACUUAGCAUUUUAAAACUAUUCCAUGCCUUGACAACAAGUGGUUUUGGUUCUUUUUGACACAUAAUCAAAGACCAGCAAGUGUGAAAGUAAUGCAUCAUUUAUUUACAUUUCCCAGCACAUAGUUACCACUAUGCUUAAUUAAGUAUAGAUACACUCCUGACAGAACUGUUUCCGGGAAUUGUGCACAAGGAAGGAGAUUGCCUUGACAGAAUGAUAGGAGAAAUGGAAGCCUCCAUUCAAGGUUGCAUAAAUCCAGCUAAAAUCAUUGUGAUGGAGGAGCUACCACUGAUGACAAGGAACGUUUCAGCUCGAUGGAGAUGUGACUAUGCCUGUCCUGGGAACAUUCAUUUGUUGUAAUUGUUCACCUCUGAUCCCAGUGUGAGAGCUACUGUGGAGCAGCCAGGGUGGGCAUGGAGGCAGAGCUAGGGUCUAGCAGAGGGCAUCACCCCAGCGAGGUGAAACCAAUCAGGUAAUUCAAAACAUUUGUAAAUAAGCCUGAAAGCACAGAUUUAGUCUGUUCAUCACAGAAAGCCAACUCUGUUCAGAGCUGAGGUAGGUUUAAACUGCAGUGCCUGUUCAAAGCUAUUUACCUUGUGUAGCUUUGAGCAGCACCUGUCAGGCAGGGUAAUGUUUAGGUGCAUAUGUUCUGCAUUUGUUCUUGAUGCUGGCAGUUCAAACUGCUUCAUUUUUUUUCUGAGUGUCAAAAGAGCAUUUGUCACUUCAGCCCC